AGUUGCAAGACCUGGCCCGAGUGAGUUUGGAGACGGAGCCCGCCAUGGAAGCCAAGAUCGAUGGGAUCCUGGGCAAGAUGGAAUCUACCUCGGCCAAGGUGGACUUGUACAAAAGCAGCAAGGUGAAGCUUCCCAUGGCGGAGCUGGACUAUUUGAAGACUUUGGAAGACGCGCGGGACUUCAUGAAUUCCAUGGUUGCGGCAACCAACCAGAACCGCCAAGAACUGGCCGACAUCUUUGGGGGCGAUUGUUCUCGCAUUGCCCGCAUCCGAACUGUCCUCGAUGCAGUGCAGCUGUCUGACAUGAACUGCAACGACCAAAGGGUUCGGACCUGCACGGAAGCCUGCGAGACCAUCGAGAAAGUCUUGGAGGACAUGGGCCUGGGCUGGUGCUUGAAGAAGGCCAAGGAUGAGGAGAAGGUGAGCCUGGUCCGGCGUCGCAGCAGUAUCGACCGCGAGGCAGCACUGAAGGCGGCGCAGCAGCUGGAAGCGCAGCAGGCGGCGGCUGUUCUGGUAGAGGUCACCGAGACCGACGCCGAGAAGCCGCCGAAAAAGGCGAGCAAGGCUGCCGAUCUUUGGGCGCAGUGCUGUGACGAGGAGCGGGUUUUGGCUUGCACGGAGCCCACGGAACUCCAUGCGCUGGAGCGAGAGGCGACAGCAAGCCGGUCUGGAAAGAUUGGGAACUGGAUGAUUUGGAUGGUCCACCGCGCGCACUUGGACGACCCCAGCCUGUCGAAGUUUGACUUCACCAACCUGAAGAUGCCCGAUGGCAACCUCGAGCCCCGGGUGUCUCCCAAGCUGGCGGUGGCCAUGGAAAGCAACUCGCACAUCGAGCAUUUGCUGAUGGGUUGCACGAACCUCCAAGACCAGGAGGCAGCCAUCUUGGCCGUGUCGCUGCGCGCGAAUCGCACGCUGAAGGUCCUGAACAUCGACACCAAUGCCAUCCAGCCCUUGACAUUGGAAUCCAUUGCGAACGGCACGAGCGUGAACCAGGCGCUCUCAGAGCUGCGAUGCAACAACUGCGCCAGCGGGCGCUUGGUCACGGAGGCCUUCUUGCGUGCCUUGAAGUCCAACCCAAGCCUCUGCAAGCUUGGGUACCCAGUGACGGACGCCUACUUCCGUGGGGAGAUCGAUAAGCAGCUCACCCGCAACAACGAUGCCGCGCGCAAGCGUCGGCUGGAGGAGAAGAAGCGACGGGAAGCUGAGGGCGACACCUCGCCGGCUGCGGCGCCGGCCGGGUAUCCCAAGCCGGCGCCCAAGGCCGCCCCAAAGGCCGAGCCGAAGGCUGAGCCGGCCAGUGAGGUGGACAAGCCUGAGACCAAGGAGAAGGAGCCAGCGAAGGCGGAUGCCAAGGCGCAGGCUGAGGCAGUUCCAGCCAGCGCUGAGCCAGAGGCAGUGAAGCCAGUGGAAAAACCGGACGAUCCGGCCGAAGCGGCUGCGGAAGCCAAGGAGCCAGAAGCAAAGGUUGAGGCUGAGGCAGUUCCAGCCAGCACUGAGCCAGAGGCGGUGAAGGCAGUGGAAAAGCUGGACGAUCCGGCCGAAGCGGCUCCGGAGACGAAAGAGCCAGAAGCAAAGGUUGCGGCCAAGGUCGCAGAGCCUGCAGAGGCAGCCUUGCCUGGCAUGGUGGAAGCUCCGGUGCAGUCGCAGGUGUCAGCCACGUUGCGUGGGUACCUCUACAAGAAGAGCCCCUCCGCGCGCUUGCUCAAGUCCUGGGACUGGAGAUACUUCGUGCUGCACGAGGGCCGACUCAUGUGGUGGAGGAGAGACCGGGACCUUCCCUCCGAAGAGGUUCUGGGCCAAGCAGACCCGGCGGGAUGCAAAGGCUUUGUGAACCUAAAGCUGAGCAGCGCUAACGUGGUGCCGGACAAGACGAAUCCCAUGAUCUUCGCCCUGGUACCUGCAGGCGGUGCUUGGAAGGAGGGAUCGCUCAAGGAUAUGAGCGAUGCUUCGCGGGCCUUUGAGUUUGAUUGCACUUCCUCGGCCCACAGCCGAGAGGAGUGGAUGAAGGCUUUAGGCGCCUGAGCUGAAUGUUGAGCCCGGGAGUCCUGGGCGCGUGUAAUGAUCUUGCAGGCUCAUCUGGAAGGCACAUCUGGCA